AUGAACCCUUCCCCACUACCACCACCAGAACCACCAAAAUCAAACUUGCCCAUGUUAUAUUAUGGCCUCGUCGUGGUCGGAACAGUUACAAUUGUGCUGGCACUGUACAAUCUCCUCAUCAUAAAAUGGUGCACAGAAUACUCCGAUAGAAGACGUAUGGUUGACUUCCAACGGCCUAGCCUGACCCCGAUAUUUCAUAAACCGAAGAAAGCCGUCGUGCCCAGCUUCAAGUACCAGAAAAAUGAAGCGGAUGAUUCUGAGUGUGUAGUUUGUCUGUCAGUGUUUGAAGAAGGAGAAGAAAUCAAGCAGCUUCCACUGUGCAACCACUGUUUCCAUGCUCCUUGUAUAGAUAUGUGGCUCUAUUCCCACGUCGACUGCCCGCUCUGUCGUUCCCCGGUCGAGCCACCUGCCCUUUGCUCGGGUUCUGUCAUCGAGCAAUCAGAGAACUCUCGGGAAGGAUUGAUGGAUCCUGGCGAGUUGGUUUAG